UAGCUCAUAACCAAACCAAGGCUGUCCACUGUCGCCUCCCUUCUCUCAUGUCUAAUCACAAAAGAAAGUUCCUUCCAGUCAGUGUGAACCAAAAUAAAAGAAGCAAACUGGGUCCCCUCCGUCUCCCCUCUAUCCUCUUCUACUCGAAGAAAACCAGAGAGUCAGUGGAACUGAUGGCGUGUGAGAGCCACGAGUGUCAAAAUAGUUAUCCACUUUCCUCAACUCCACCACAAGCAUCACCCUCUGCUUCCCCAUCUCCUCAAAGGAACUCCAAAGAACAUGAUCAAUGCUUUAUGUGCAAAUGGCUUGGCCACUGGUCCAAAGAUUGCUCCAGCAAAACCCCCCCAAAAUCACUGGCCUUAAGCCCUGGAUCAUCCUCCUCGCCUUCAGUGCAGGUUCCUGAUCUUCCAGUGGUUCGAUGCCCUUGUGGCCGGGGCACUUGUAAAGUUUCAACUUCGAACACCGUUAAAAAUCCUGGCAGAAAGUUCUAUGCUUGCCCUGUUGAUCGUAGAACAUCGGGUAGUUGCGGAUUCUUCAGAUGGAGUGACGACAUUGCUGCUAGAUUUAAACCUGCUAUGUGUCCAUGUGGUGCCGGGUCAUGCAGUUUAAAUAUCGUAUCAAGUUGUCCAGACAGAGACCGAUGGUAUUUUACCUGCCGGAUUAAGAAGAACCAUGGAGCUUGUAAAUUUUUCCAGUGGGCAGGUUCUGAAGGGAAUAUCAUGCAGAAUAUGCCUGGAGAUGAAAGCAAGGGAUACCCUGCCCGUCGGUCCUUGUUUAAUGUAAAUAAUGAACUGUGCACGGAAGACAAUAGGAGUUCUGGUGCUGAGUUGGAGUCAACAAUGGUGGAGAGUGAUGAUAAUUAUCCUAUUUCAUCCAUGGAUCCAGCUAUCAGAAAAGAUGAGGUCCUUGUGAGGGACCUGGUCAUGCAGGACUCCGAGUCUUGGGAUCUUGUGUCAGGGACAGCACUUGAAGUCCCCCCCACUCAUACCCAAGCCUGAGAUUCCUUGCCAAGAACCGGAGUUCUCUUUGCAAAUUUCUG